GUUGAUGAUCGCAUACAUUCAAGAUUUGGGUUUUGGUAUUCGUCGAACCAGACUAAGUAUUGCGAAACUUCUAAACAAUGGACACGUUGGAUAUGAAGUUGAGCUUAAGGCAUGUAUUUUAGUUUCCCUUCUUUGUGAAAAUUCAAGCGAAAGCUGA